UUUGCUGUCAUAUAUAGUGCUUAAACAAUUUUAGUUAUUUUGAUACUUAACUGUGUUUGAUUGUUUUCUAAACUAACGAAAUUUUGUGGUUUUAUUUGCAGUGUGUCGUUGUGUGUUAUGUGUGUCUCUCUGGUUAGACAAUACUUUACAGCGGUUUGUUUUUAAAGAGCAACACAGAGUAGGGAACUAUGGCGGCAAGUUCUUCUGUGUACAAUCCGUAUGAACAUCGAGAAGUAUUUGCUCCACUUUCCAAUAUAGAUGCGUUUAUAUCGUUACUAAAAUGUGUUGUUGGCACUGGCAUUUUGGCCAUGCCUCUGGCUUACCUUUAUUCGGGCAUGAUAGGAGGGACAGUGUUGACCAUUAUAACCACCAUUGUGCUCAUCCAUGGGAUGCAUUUGCUGAUUUUGUGUAUGGUGGAGUCGAGCCGUAGACAAGAGAUGCCGUACUGUUCCUUUCCGGAGAGCAUGUCGUAUGCCUUUAGUGUGGGUCCAAGUUGGUGUCGGUAUUGCUCGAAAGCAUCUGCCUAUGUGGUCGAUGGGGUUUUGGGCCUCGCACAUUAUGGCGUCACAGUUGUCUAUAUUGUUUUUGUGGCCGAGAAUUGCCGCCAGUUGCUGGUGGCCAUCCAUAACCAAAACGUGGAUUUGCGCAUAUUCAUUGCUGUGGUGGGGUUUUUAGUGUUGCCCUUGUUUCUGGUGCGGCAUCUAAAGUAUCUGGUGCCCUUUAACAUUUGUGCCAAUAUACUUAUGUAUAUGGGCUUUAUCAUAAUAAUUGUUUAUCUCUUUAGAGGAUUACCGGCGUUUGGGGAUCGGCACAUGUUUGGAGAUCCCAUUAAGCUGCCUCUAUUUUUUGGUAUUGUCCUCUUUGCCGUCACCUCGGUGGGCGUGAUGCUAGCCAUAGAAGCGAAAAUGAAGACUCCCCAAAAGUAUUUGGGCUGGUUUGGCAUACUCAAUUUGGCCUCGUUUUUUGUGAUCAUAACGAAUAUUAUUUUUGGCGUUAUGGGCUACUGGCGUUAUGGUGAGGAUUUAGCGGCUAGUAUAACCCUUAAUAUACCCACCGAUCAGUUGUUUUCCCAAUUAUCCAAAGCCCUGAUAGCAAUUUCGAUUUUCUUGUCGUAUCCUCUGUCCGGUUAUGUGACAAUUGAUAUUAUUAUGAAUCGGUAUAUAGCCAGUAAUCGUGAACUAAAGCAUCCACAUUUUAUUGAGUAUGCAGUAAGGAUAAUUUUUGUCAUCAUUGGCACACUCAAUGGCAUUGCCUUUCCGAAUUUGGGUCCAUUGCUGGCUCUGGUUGGUGCCUUUUCAAUAUCCCUGUUGAAUCUUGUAUUUCCUGCCUGCAUGGAGUUGAGCCUGUAUUAUAGAGAACCCAAAGGCUAUGGCUUGGGCAAAUGGAAGCUGUGGAAGGACAUUGCCUUGAUACUUGUUGGCAUUGUUAUUCUAUCCUAUGGCACCUAUGCGGCAGUCGUUCAAAUAAUUGAGGAAUACGGUGAAGGAAAUAAAUCAUCGAGAGUUAAUGAAAGACAUUUAAGUGAUCCGCUACUUAAAAUCAUUGCCGAAACAAUGCAACCACCUGAAGCUGGCACAGAUUCUCCCAUAAUGUUAUAGAUUAGUUUCGUGUAGUAAUAAAUCUAUAGACCCUU